AUGGCGCUCACCAAGUCUAUGAUCGACAGACCCACUCACUUUACAUUACUGUCCUCGAGUUCCGAAAAGGUCUUACAGUCUCCGACUUGGGAUGUAUAUAAGCGAAUGUCGAGCUCCUUCUGGACUGUAGACACCAUCGACCUCGAGACUUUGACAGAAAGUUGGGAUCUUGAACUCGACCACAACCAGCGCCAUAUAUUCGGUCUUGCAUUGAUGGUGUUAUUACCACGUCGUUUGGGCAGGUCACCGAUAGUUGAUAGUAUAUAUCAAUCCCUUGACCUGUUUGAAGCGCGAUGUGCUAUGGACGUUCGUACUAUGAAUGAAAAUAUAUACCAUGGUGUUAUAUCUGAACUCAUGUCUGGUUUGAUCACCGACUAUGCCGAGAUGGACCGUAUAUCCUCUGCCAUACACGGGUCUACGUAUUAUGCUCAGAUGCAAGACUGGGUAAUGACAUGGGCAUCUAAAACGUCCGCGAAUGCUAACGGUUCCCUCGUGGAUCGGGUGCUUGCUCUGGCCGUCAGCGCUGGUAUCUUCAACUCUUCCGCUUACACUAUACUGUCGAGCUCGGACGCAUUGGUCGAGGUACCGGAACUUAGUCAUGCGAUAACGAUGAUACAAUCAUCUAACCACUUAUUCCUGGACUUUGUCUGUCACUUAUUUUCCGGGUUUUCCAAGAAGCCGUGCCAGAGCCAUGUCAUGCAGAUCGUUCUUCGUGCCGUUGACAUCGAGAAACAAAUGGUUUUAGAGCUCUUCCCGUUGGAUAUUAUAGGGCUAACCGACACUGAAAUGUGGUGGUACAUCGAGUUUACGGCCGAUUGUCUGUUAUGUCAUUUGGGUUUUACGCCUUAUUUCGAGAUUGAUAAUCCAUUCCUCUUUGCACCUCGUAGAGUCGGCCCACCCGAGCGCGUCGCUGGUCAUAACUAUGAACUUUUUAGGUUCAAGUAUAUCCCAAGGAUGGAUAGUUAG